GAAAGAAUUUGAAUAUGAAGCCGAAUCAUUUCAUAUUGAUUCACCAGCAGGUGGCGUCAUAAGCAUGGCCAAUGAAGCUACCUAUGGUGCAUUUAGUAAUGAUGAUAAGGAGUUCGAAUCCAUAGAUAGGACAGAAAUGUCAAGAAAAGAAUACAAGGAAGAAGAUAUAAAAUUAAAGGAAGCCAAAGAUCAGUCUUCAUCAGAGAUGGAUAAUGUUCUCAUUGCUGGGGAAGAAAAUGUAUCUUUGAGGAAGGAUAUCUUGGUAACACGAGAAAGCAAUUUCACUUCACAGGAAGCUCCAGCAGUUGCAGAACAAACAGAUUCUCUGGAAUCCUUUUCAGCAGACUCCUCAGAUACAUUUCAGUCAAUCUCCAUAAUAAAUGAAAGUGAAGGGCAGUCUACUCUGGAGACUGAAUGGGAUUCUUUUUAUUUAGCAGAAAAAAAUUCUCCUCUUGUGCCUCAAAAAUUGGGAGAUGAAAAGAAAUUGCCCAGAAGUCCUGUGCAAGAUCAGGAAUGGACAAUGGUGGGCCAAAAUGGAGCAGAUGAUGUAUCACCUGAAGAAAUCUGUAGCAGGACAGAGACAAUAGAGUCACUGUCUAGACAUUCCAUGCAAGAUCUUUUAAGCCAGAAAACAAUCUCUGUGACACAAGCUGAAACUCUAGUAAAAAGGAAGCCUCAGAAAUCACUGAAACAAGAAGAUGAGUUUUCACACAAUAGAGGGACAGAUGCUCUUUUAUUGCAGGCUGUUGCUUGUGAUGGUGAAUUGGAUGUUCAUUCACAGCAGUGUCCUGGAAAUAGCAUGGUAGUGGAACAAGAAAUGGAAGAGGAGACCCAAUUUGUUGGCAGUGAAAGAAAACUCAGUCAUAUAACAGGAUUCGUAGCAGAGGAUGUGGGAAUGGAUAUCACCUUUGAUGAGACUAUGCUAGGCUCCAGCACUGCAGAGAUGAGACCAGAACCUCCCAAUUCUUUAGAUCUUAAUGACUCCCAUCCAAGAAGAAUAAAACUCACUGCUCCAAAUAUCAACCUCUCUUUGGACCAGAGUGAAGGAUCUGUUCUCUCUGAUGAUAACCUGGACACUCCAGAUGAAAUUGACAUCAAUGUAGAUGACCUUGACACACCAGAUGAAGCAGACUCUUUUGAAUAUGCUGGACAUGCAGGGUCAUCAGCUAUUAAGGAAGCUCCUCGGGAGGAAACUGAAUCCAUUCCAGAAUAUACUGCUGAAGAAGAGCGGGAGGACAACAGGUUAUGGAGAACAGUUGUGAUUGGAGACCAGGAACAGAGGAUUGAUAUGAAAGCUAUUGAACCUUAUAAAAAGGUUAUUUCUCACGGAGGAUACUAUGGUGAUGGUCUAAAUGCCAUCAUUGUGUUUGCAGCAUGUUUUCUACCAGAUAGCAGCCGAACUGAUUACAACUAUGUCAUGGAAAACCUUUUCCUAUACGUAAUAAGUACUUUGGAGCUCAUGGUUGCUGAAGACUAUAUGAUUGUUUAUUUGAAUGGCGCAACACCAAGGAGAAGGAUGCCAGGACUGGGGUGGAUGAAAAAGUGUUACCAGAUGAUUGAUAGGCGGUUAAGGAAGAACUUGAAGUCUUUCAUCAUUGUUCAUCCCUCUUGGUUUAUCAGAACAAUUUUAGCAGUGACACGGCCAUUUAUAAGCUCAAAAUUCAGCAGUAAAAUACAAUACGUCAGUACUUUGGCAGAGCUCAGUGAACUCAUUCCAAUGGACUAUGUAAAUAUCCCAGAAAGUAUCAUCAAACUGGAUGAAGAGCUGAGGGAGGCAUCAGCAAAAGCGAGCUGUCUUUCAAAUGAGCCAGAAAUAACCUCAGUCCAGCAGGACAUUGACAUGAAGCAGAAGGGAAAUCUCUAAUUUCCUUGGUAAGCUGAAGAAAAGAAUUUUCAUAGUUUGAUGUGCCCAGGUCUUGAGGAUGGGGACAAUUUUGGCUUCUCCUUUGAGUGCAGUCCUCCGGGAUCAUCUCGUCCUUGAGCCUUUUUUUACAAUCAUUUCCGUGAAGUCUGUCUGUGCAAGAAGAGUUCCUGGUAAAUUGCAACCUUCAUUUUCUGAUCUCUCAGCACUUACUGAGAUUCAAAAAAGCGGGGGAUACUACUGCCAUUGGGUAGGCAGUGAUGUUUCAAUCAUGGCUUGGUGUAUUAUUAUCUUCAGGAGUGUUAGUGCAAUAAGGAAAGCUCCUUCGUUAUGGCUUUUAAAAUUCCCAGUUAUUUUGCCAUCAGCGUGCCUCCUCUGUGAUUUUUCUGGUUUGAUUUGUUGUUCUGUUACGUCUUCAGCAUAUUAUCAUAUCUGUGCCUACCUAAACUAGAGAAGUUAACUUCCAAUAUAGCAAUAUUGAGUUAGGUUUUUUUUACACAUGUGUCUCAGUCCAGUGUCUCUAGUGCACAGUUAAGGGGCUCCAAUCAGCGUACAGAAUUCUGUAAAAGGAGAGACUCAGAAUGCUCCCUCCUUUGCUUUCUGAGUGUCUGAACAAGGAGUAUUUCUUAAGGCUGGGUGGCUAAACGAGUCCAACUCCCAUGGCUCUCCACAUAUGUUUCAAAGCCUUCACAAAUCCUGUUUUGCCACUGUUAGCUAUCAUUCUACUACUUUGUUCCCAAAACAUCUCAGUAUAUAUCUUGGUAUGUAAGUUUUUUUCACCAUCUCCAAAUCACAGACUGUGUUCAAUUCGGCGCAUGAUAAGUACUGUGCUGUGAACAGAGUAAUUUUCCUUAGCUGUGUGGAAGCAUUUGUCAUUGAGAAAUACGUUUCCGGAUGCUUGCAGAAAACCUAGUGAGGGGGAACACUCAACCAUGAGAACAUGUGCAGACAACAACAAUGGGAUUUGAAACUGAAAUGCUUCUUUAAUAUGGGGUGGGGGAACUUGUGGGUCCUCCAGAGAUUUUAGCCUGCAAGUCCUAUCAGCCAAAGCCGUCCAAGACUUCUAGAGGGCCAGAAGUUACCAACUGCUGCUGUGAGAGAUAAAGUACAAACGAAGAAGGCCAGAACAUAUACUGAAACAUCAACACUGCAAGAGAGAAUGAAGGUUCUGCUUAAAAUUUGUUUCUCUUCCAAUAGAGAGCAUCAAUAAUUCUUGGAUCAGCACCUUUUGCUAAUUAGAAUACCAUGCAGUGAUAGCACUGUAGUGAGGAAGACAAUCUGAAAUGUGCUAGAUUUUCAAAUGGUGGUGAUAAUGAGUCCAUGAGUUGUGUGAAGAUUAUUUAAUCAAAAGUGCAAUGCCAACAGACAUAACCAAUAUUAGAUAGACUUACUAUGCAUAAAAACUCACUAAGUUGCCCAUUUCUACUAUACUGCAUAGAGAUGGUUUGCAGCAGCUACAAUUCAGUGGUGUCUGGUACCAUUGUGGCUAGCCAUCAUUAGACAUAAAGCAUCUCUAUGAUAGGGAGGGGUGGGAGUGGAGAGAUCUUUGGCCCUGUGCUCUCCACUCACACAUUAUUCACAUUCACCUUUAACAAAAGUUCAUAAGGAAGGCUUCCACUUAACUAUUCAACAAGUGCGUUGAUUGGUGAGAGGAA